UGUCAAAUGUCAACAUAACUAACCUGGUUUAAACACUUGGCUUUUUUGAAUGAAAAGUGAUUAACUGAUAAGAAAAUAUAAAAGCUAUGAGUUCUUCACGUAAAGAAUGGGUGAGAAUAUUUGACAUACCUGAAACUUGUCAACAUAAAAAGGGGUUUACGAUCUAUAAAAUAAUAUCUAUGCUGUAUCCUGAAAAUUGCCCUGAUGCUGUUACUAAAAUCACUGUGUGGAAACGAUACAACGAAUUUAAAAAAUUACAUAGGGAAUUAAAAGGAAAACAUCAAAGUUUAAAAUUGACCGAUAAAUAUCCUGCUUUGCCUAGUCAUCCUUAUUUUAAACGAUUCAAUAAAGAUGUCGUUAGAGAACGUAAAGAAGCCAUGCUAAAUUUUUUGGAGUACAUAGGAACUAUUCCAACUUUAUUUACAUCACAGUUUUUUGUAAAAUUUUUUGAGUCCAGUCACACACCAAACAAUUUAAUGAAAGGAAGUAUUAAUGCUAUAAGAGCAGACUUACAUUUACCUUCGGAACCUGAAUAUUCCAAUUUUUUUACCAUAAAUUCAGAUGAUGAGCGUACAAUAAGCGACACUGAUUCUAUUUCUACAAUGAGCAGUUUAAGUCCAUCAGUACAGGCUAUUGACUUAUUGGUGGAGCCAUCUUCAAGGAGUACAACAUCUUUAAUCCCACUCAAUAAAAAAGUUAGUUCAGACUCAUUAACAGAUACUACAAAAAACUGUUCUCUCGAUUCUGGAAGUGUUAUUUCAACUCCUACUCCUCCUUUAAGUCCACGAGGUGGUGAUUAUUAUAAUCAAUACAUUAUUGAUGCGGCGCAGUUUAUUACUAAGGCGACUGAAUUGGAAAUCGAUAAACAAUAUGAUGAAGCAUUUACAGCUUAUAAACAGGGAAUUGAUAUUUUAUUGGCAAAUGUGAAAGAUGACAAAGAUACUGAGCGAAGACAAUUAGUAAGGUUUAAAAUUGAAAAGUAUCUGUUAAGAGCAGAAAAAAUUUACAAUGUUUAUUUGUCACCAGAAAUGAAAAGUAUACAAGAGCUUUCAAAACAAGAAGAAUUAACAAUACCUCAAAAACCUUUAACCGAAUUAUAUAAAUUUAAGGCGAUACGAAUAAUCGAAAAUGGUAUAUUAGUCAUGCAUACAGAGACUCAAGAACUUUUCUUUAUUAAAGUUAUAUAUAAAAAAUCGACUUUUUCAAAUGAGUGCUUAAUUUUACCUGAUAACGUGCCUUAUAUGGUCAGGUUACAUAAUUAUUAUAAUUGUGAAAAUGCCAUAUUUUUAAUUUUACAAUAUUCUUGCGGCAAAAGGUUAUCAAAUUACCUUAAAAUGUUAUCGAACAAUCAUUUAACUUCCGCCACCAUGUAUAGUAGUCACGAAGGUAUUUCCGACGAUGACGAAUCAGAAGGAAGUUAUUCAGAAUUACUUAACGAUUACGCUGCUAGUAAAUUUAAUAAAGAAGAAGUUAAAAAAUCUAAAGAAACUCCUCCUGCAAUUGAAAUCGAACCAAACGGUGCGGAUGUUAAAACAAUAAUUGAAGAGGAAGAGACUCCAGAAGUGAAAGAAUUAGAUAAUAUUUUAACAAAAUCUCAACAAUUGAUAUCAUCAAUGGAAUCAACAAUACAAUUUUCACGCGAAAAUAGCGUAAAUUACGACGAUAAAAUAAAUGAUUUCACAAGGAAAUUAAGCGACCGUUCAGUUUGCGAUGAAUUUGAAAUUCCACAACAAGCUUUAAAAUUGGAUGAUGUUGUUAAGUGGAGUGCGCAAUUAUUGCUUGCUUUGGAAAAGUUGCAUAGAUUAGGUGUUAUUUGUUGUGACUUGAAUAUAAAUAAUUUACUGAUUGACGAUAAUGGUGACGUCGUUUUAACUUAUAUGUGUUCAAUUUCUGAAGAUAGAGUAUUUAAAAACAAUCAAGAUAUUUGUUUAGCACCUGAACUAUAUACAUAUGGAUCUAUUACAAUUGGUGUUGAUUGGUGGUGUUAUGGAUCAAUUUUAUAUGAAUUAUUAGUUGGGAUGUCUUUAAAAUGCGUUCAUCCUGAUGGAAUACCGUCUUAUGCUAAUUUAAGAGUUCCUAAGUAUGUUUGUCCAGAAGGAAGAUCACUUUUGAAACAGUUGCUAAUUUAUGAUCCUCUUCGAAGACUGGGAUGUGGGGCUAAUGGAACGGAAGAAAUCAAAACACACCCGUUUUUCAGCUCUAUUUCUUGGGAACAUUUAGAGUCUAAAUGUAUUUAAAAUACAUUCUACUCAUUUACAAUAAUGUACGUCUUAAUUUAGCUAUAAUUCUUUAAAAUUUGAAACUUAAGUAAUCUUGUUGUUUGUUUAAUUUUCAUAAUUUAGUAUUAUUUAAACAUGUUCAAUUUUGUAUUGUGAUAUACUGUUAUUAUUUUUAAUAUUUAUCGUUAGUAGUAUAACAUAAUCUUGCUAUGUACAAAAACUAUAUGCUAACAUUCCCGUACUUUAAAUAAAUUUCUUAUACACAUGUUAAA